AUGACUCCACAAAUGAUGUCGGAAUCAACAACAAGCGACAGCACUAUCAGCGCGGAAGAGGAACAGGUGUACGACGAUGUGGAUUUAAACAGCCCAAAAUGGUCAUUGAAGGUCAAACUGGAGGAUGUCUUCAACCGAGUUUGCAACGAAGAAGAAGAAGAAGAUGUGUACGACGACUUCGACCUUAGCAGCCAAGAAUGGGCAUUAAAGGUGAAGCUGGAGGAUGUCGGCAAACAGGUUUGCGAACAAGAAGAAGAAGAAGAAAAAAAAAAAGAAGAAGAAGAAACGGUUUACGAUGACUGUGACUUUAGCAGCGAAGAAUGGGCAUUAAAGGUGAAGCUGGAGGAUGUCGGCAAGGAGGUUUGCGAGCGUAAGUUCCGCUUGCAUUUAGGCCAUGCAUUAAGUGACCCCCUAUUUGACUCGAUACAUUCUAAAAUAUUUUAUGCUGUUUAA